UGCUGCUCUGACCAUCAAACGGAUAGGGUGUGUGCUCCUCGGCUCCCCUUCACUUGGCAUACCUGUCCCUUAUUGAUCUCUCGUUGAAAUGUCACUCUUCGGGUCUCUCCUGUCGGGAUUUGACGAUGACCCCUUCUUCGGAGGCCACCGCAGCAUCAUGCGUCAGAUGGACCAGAUGAUGACCAGUAUGAUGCGAGACCCCUUCCAGGACGACGACUUCUUCAACGGCGGCGGCGGUGGUGGUGGUCUGCAGGCCAUCACCGCUGGACCCGCAGCUGGGGCCCUCGCUAGACGCCCCGCCCACCCCCGCCCUCCCGCACCUACUCCCUUCGGCGCCCUGGGCAUUCCUUCCAUCGCCAACAUGAUGUCCUCCAUUGACCAGAUGGCUCAGGGCGGGAACUGUCACAUGUACAGCAGCAGCUCUGUGAUGACCAUGACCACGGGGCCCGACGGCAAGCCCCAGGUGUACCAGGCCACAUCCUCCACCACAGGGGUCCCGGGGGGUGUGAGGGAGACGCGCCGAACCAUCAGUGACUCACGAACCGGCACCCGCAAGAUGGCUAUUGGACACCACAUUGGUGACCGCUCCCACAUCAUUGAGAGGGAGCAGUCCAAGAAUAAUAUGGAAGAACGGCAGGAGUUUAUUAAUUUGGAAGAAGAGGAAGCCCCCCAGUUCGACCGAGAGUUUCGUCACCGCACUCAAGGCAUGUCAGGCCGAGGACACUCCCUUGAGUACCGCCGCGCCAGACACACCUCCCCACCUGCCUCCUACAGCCACAGAGUCUCCGAUGCCCCUGCUAUUGCCUACUCCUCCUCUCCCUCCUCCAGAUACAGGAGCCGAUCCCGACCUAUGCUGUCCAUCACUGCAGGUUCCAGGUAAACCCUCCAAGGCUACGGGUUACCUGGGAGGAGCGAGCCAGGAGGCGAGACAGGGAAGAGCGAGCCCACAGGUCCCACCGGCGCUACCAGCCCACCAUGUAACACCCACCCAGUGCUUAGAGAAUCUACAUGUGUGUAUGACUUCACUACAAAUGGCUGCAGACUCUGUGAUCUGUGCUGGACACUUAAGUUAAGGAGAAAGUAACCAGGAACAUUAUCCAUGUAGCAUUAAGGCCCAAGUAUGUACUGGUAUUUUGAUAAGAGCAUCUAGUUUCCAUACAGUAGUCAACCUGUAGACCAACCAUUUUGAUAUCUAUCCUCACAAACACACACACACACACACACACACACACACACACACACACUCAUAUAUUCCCUAAUUACCCAACUGCCAAAUAUACAAUUAGUCAGUAAGGUGACGGCUGUCAAGGCUGCCAGAGGUCAGAUAGAGGUCCGGCUGCUGUGCCAGCGCGGCAGUGGCCGUGACUGCUGUAGCGACUGCCCGGCUGCUGCACACACACACAGUGCCUGCAGCCACACCAGCAGUUCAGUGCCCUAUAGAGUCAGUAGUGUGUUGAGGUGUGCCUGCCGUGUCUUGGCAGGGCCUCCACCACAGGACCGGCAGCACAUGUAGCCACCUCCAGCAUGUGACCUUAGCAUUGUUUAUCUGUUGGUCUGAGUAUUGGUUAAUUUCCCGUCAGAGGCAUGUAGAGCAAACCCUUCGACCCCAUGGCAAUAUUCUAUUCUUGGGGCACAACUCUGAGUACCUGCUGCUUCCUGGUGGUGCAUCCCCACAUGGCAGAGGGAGCACAGAGAUAUGCUGGUGUGAUGUCAAGAGUUAGUCUGUUAAUUCAGAAUUCUUACUUUGUUUCUUUGUAAUGUCACCUUUUCAAGAUCUUAGCUUCCGUUGUGCCUCAGGUCAUGUCAAUCCUCCAAAGGAUGUCAUCAUUAGCGCUGCCUUGACCCCUUAGCAUGGUGUGCAGCUCAGAGCAUAGUUGUGUAGCACAAGUAUGCAGCUUUGUACACUCCUGUGUACAAAGGUGUUCUUGUAAGACAAAGCCUGUGCAGGAAGGAUGCUGGUGAUGUGUAGUCUGGCAUGUCGCCUUCCAGUGAACAUGGCUGACACAUGCAAGGGUGUGUGGAGUCCUUCAUUGACAAAGGAGUUUGGCAUGACAUGCAUGGUGAGGAGGGAUAGUGUGGCAGAGGAUCUCAGGUGUGCCUUCAUGCCACGUGUGGUCAUUGACCCCACCAGCAGGGUGCCUUCCACGUUAACAUUGUAUUGUAGCAGAUGACCACCACAGUGCUGCAGCACUGUUGGCUUCCCAGUAUUCCAGGAACAUGAGACACUGAGCUCUGUAACACACACAAGAAAAAAGCAGACACCUUCACUCACACACUUGCCUGCUGGGUGGUGGAGUCCUCCUCUCAGGAGCUGUGCCUUGUGCUGCACAGCUUUCAUGCUUGCAUUGUUUCAUCAAGAAACAAUGAUGAACUUCAGUUACCUGCACAUUAGGGGAUUAUCAAUAAGAAUUCCAGUUUUUUUUCUCUUAGAACACAUCAAAUUGGUUUUGUUUGCUGCACAGGCAGUCACACUUCCUGGAGUGCAGUUUCUCAUACUUGAGUGUAGGGUGCAAGGUCAGGCAGGAAGUAAAGGAAACAGUGACAGUCUGUCAUGAUACAACAACUUUUAAUCAUUACAUAGGCUGUUUGCAUUUCAAGUUGUAAUUUACAUUGAUGUAUCUUCUCCAAAAUGUAUAAUUUUUAAGUGGAAAGCAGCUGUGACAAAAUAGUGCUUCAUGUUAAAAUGAGGUAGAACAAGAACAAUAAUGUUUUAAGCAGUUACUAAUAUAAAGAACAGAAAUUAAACUGAGAUGGAUACCAUAGCAAUUCAGUCUUACUUUUCUUUAAGUGUAUAUUGAAAAAAGAGUUAUGUUAAAACUUGCAUCAACAGUGAAAUGCAUAUCUCCUUCCCUCUUGCCUCAUCACCAGGCAGUCCCUUCCCUCCUUCCCUCCCCGCCCCGCCCCUCCACCAUAGCGAGUCUCCCAUCCAUGUGCCACCACGAGAUAAAUGUAACUUUAUAGAUUUUGUUACUAAGGAGUCACACUUUUGUAAUGCGGCACAGAGGCGCAUAACUGAACUGUCAUCUACCUAAGGUGUUGUGCAUUCAGCAGGUGUUUGCCAAACGUUUUAGCUGUGAGGCAUACGGCAGCUGGUUCAUUCAGCAUGAUUUGUCCAGCCACACUCCCCAGCACACCUUGACAAGACUGGGUGUUGUAAGCUUACUCCCUUGAUGGAAGUGUACUGCUCACUCACAGGCAAACAAUACCUGUAAUCACAGUCUGUUCAUGUUGAGAUGUUAAAUGUUCAGUCUUAAGGUUAAAGUUACAACAACUUGACCAGUAUUUUGCUGUAUAGGAUUUCAUUUAAUAUUAAGUAAGAUCCAAAUGUCAUAGACUCUGGUGCUGUGGGUUUGCUGCCUGAGGGAGACAGCACCGAGUGCUCUCUCACACUCACUGCAUUACACUUUGUUUCACUCACUUGGAUUACACUCUUGUUUGAUUUAGAAAUGUGCAGCACACUCACUUUGUACUUUCACCAAGGCCCUUUAAUUGUAAGAUGGGAUGAUGUAUCUCUAUAUUUCUUAAAUAUCCACACACCUACUUCAGGGCUCCCCUUAUAUGGGUGGAUAGCCAAGACACACAGGCCUCUCUCCCCCCCACCCCUUGCUGUGCCUCUCUCUCUCUCUCUCUCUCUCUCUCUCUCUCUCUCUCUCUCUCUCUCUCUCUCUCUCUCUCUCUCUCUCUCUCUCUCUCCCACCUUGCUGUGCCAUCUCCCUCCCUCCCCCCAUGCUGUGCCAGAGUCCAUGAAGCAUAACAUGUCACCAUGUAUUGGGCUUGUACCCUUACAGGACAUCAGUGUGACAUUAUUUAUUGCUGAUGCUGUUAUAGGAAUUAGAAAUGUAUUAUUAUUUAGGUUCAUGUAAGUCUGCUGUUUGAUUAGUUUUAAUAGUUUUAAUAAGCUGCACUUGUUGAGGGUUUUGAGUUCCUUUCUGACAGGAUUUGUUUGUUGUCUGAGGUAAAAGUGUGGCCUCACCAGCACUGUCUCAGGCAACCUAUUAACACUUGAGUUAUUCUUCCCCAUGGGAACUGCCUCUUUACAACUAUCAACUAUCUCAUGAAUCCAAGUGUACAUUCACCAAAUUUAUUUUAAGAUUGUAUGACCCAAUCUUGUCAGCACACUUACUGUGUACUCAUACAAAUGUGAAGCCUUGAGGCUGCAUCAGGGAAAUACUUGAAACAACUUUGUUUAUUGCAGGCCGUUUAAGUUAUGAAGGUGAAUCUGCACCAAGGAGCCUCUGCUGGCCAGGUGCUGCCCCCACUGGCCUGACUGGGUGUUGAUCAGGCAAGGAAGUAUGUUGGUGAGCCGUGUCUACCAAAUAUACACGACAGAUUAUUCAGUGAGUUCCAGGAUUAAAGACACCACUGGUCUUGCUGAAUGUCUCGUAUUUUUGGUACAGCUCACUGACAAGCUUCCUUGCCUCACUGCAGCCAGUCAGGUGAGAGGGGACAAUCCUGCCAGCAGAGAGGAACAGAUUCUUGGUGUACAUUUACCUUUGUAGACUGAACAGACUACAGGACGCUUGGAUGUCCCAUUAUGAAUGAAAUGUUUGACGAUACAGUGUGAACCUGAGUGACAAAAUAAGAUCCUACCAACUAA